UAUACGUGAUUUGGAGACGAGACCCAAAGAUUUCAUUUAUUUCCGUUGGUUCGGAGUUCAUUCUAUUGGAAUUUCAAUUUCCCGAAAUUAUUCAACACAUCCCACAAACUACCCACAAUACCCGUGGCAAUCUCUUUAUAAGUUAUUAAAGGUACUAAAACAGUAUUUAUUUAGAUGUCAAAACUUUUCUAAUGGACAAAACAUGAAUGUAUUAUUAUUUACAUGGCGUAAGCCAAAGACAAUAAGUUUAUAAUUCCAUUGACACAAAAUUGGGUUUAUUCGAAUAAUGAUGUCAACUUUUUGUGUCAAAAUAUGUAUUGUCAAAAUAAUUAUGUAAUAAUUAUAUAUUGCGAGGUGUUAAUAAAUGAAAACAUACAUGCAAUGGUCAUGUUUAUUAUAUACAAGAAUAUUUUGACGUUACUGAUUUUCUGUAUCAACAUCCCAAUUCCCAUUGCUAUACAAGACCAGACAAGUAAGCGGGCGAACACAUUGUUGGAUGAUGCAGAUGACAUACAAAAACAGUUAGACAAUGAAGCGCGCGACAGAAUGUUAAAACCAACAACAGUGUGGGUGUUUCGCCUACCCACGCAGACACCGGAACUCAACAUGGCGCUAAUAAAGAAAAGAUUGCUUAGACAGUUUAAAAGAUGCAGGAGUUCCAAAUUUCAGAACAAUGAUGUUGCUGGUUGGGACUAUAAAAAUCAAAUGAAAUGGUAUUUAGAUUAUCCUGAGUGUGGUGGCCAUUCGCAGUCACCAAUAGAUAUUCCUAAUGGUUUGAUCAAGACAAAAGCGGGUCGGAAAAUGAUAUUUGCUAAUUACAAUAAACGUCCACAGGCAUUCUAUAUGUCUAAUGAUGGAAAUCGAAUUCGUUUAUUCGGAGAUUGGAGUCGGAAAGACAGACCAAUGAUAUACGGAGGAGGAGCUCACAAUCGACGUUAUGUUUUCCAUUCAAUUACACUCCACUGGCCCUCUGAACACUCAGUUGGUGGUCUCCAAUACCCACUUGAAAGCCAAGUGCUGCAUGUCUCAGCGGAUUAUGAUACAUUCGAUGACGCUAUUAAUGUUUCAAGGAAGGAUCGGCUCGCUUUCCUUGGCAUCGUGAAUUUAUAUAUGUACAGAAAUUACACUCACUGCAGCGUAGGAAGCAUAUUGAAUCACGCAAAAACAGGACUAAACUCGACAAUUACUUCUCAAGCUUUGAGUAAUUUCAAUCCACCCUUGAAAUAUUAUGCCAGUUAUCACGGCUCUUUGACAGUGCCACCUUGUACAGAGGCUGUACUUUGGCUCAUUAGAGAUCAAACAUUGCCUAUAACAAGGGAAGCAGCUAAUGCGCUUAAGUCUCUACUUAUUGAGGACUUCCAGGGAAGCCUUCGACGCGAAAUACAACCGCUCAACGAUAGAAGAAUAUACCUUUUCAAAUGAUUGCGUAU